GGACCAAUGUCUUUGAACUGAUGGAAGCCAUUGUUGACCAACCACCACCCGCUGUUCCUUCAGACAAAUUCUCUCCGGAGCUCUGUUCAUUCAUCUCUUCAUGUUUACAGAAAGACCCGAGCGACAGAAGCUCGGCCAAGGAACUAAUGGAACAUCCUUUUGUGAACAAAUACAACGACAACAGCACGGAAGUGAACCUGGCGUCGUACUUCACGGAGGUAGGGUCGCCGCUCGCGACGCUUGAGAAUUUGACCGGUACGUUCUCAGUAUAGUAACUUCCCAGAGUCCAUGAUUCCUGAUAAUAACAAUAACAAUAUUACUCUUUAGCCUAAAAGCUUGUUUUUUU